GCCCGGUAUUCCAGGUGUGACAUUCUACCUGUGUCGUUUAUGUAUAUAUAUACAGCCCACUUGGCUACAUAGGUAUGAUGUGGUGACCGGCACAGUUUACGGAUUCUGGUGUCCGGUUUGUUUGUUGAUUUUGAUGUUGUGGUACCAUCCCGGGAGGUACAGACAGUGGUCGGAUGGGGAAAGUGUUGUGUUAUCAUGAGAUGUAUCAGUGACCGGCGGCUGGUGUAGAAAUACUUAACAGUGUUAAACAUUCUUCAACCUGCUGGCCCAACGCAUUAUCUCGGUAUACAUACGUAUACAUAUACAUACGGCGACCCCCGGUCAUGGAGAUUCUUCUCUUUCUACUAACAGUACAAGACACAAGAUUACAGUGACACGCAUGGUUAAAUACUCGAGUACCAUGGAAUACACCAUUUACAUUUAAUCGCAGAGAAAAAGGAGGUCUAUGAAUUGUGUGGAUUUAUAUUUUACAACUCAUUCAAUGAGACGUACCAUGUAAGUUUUAAAUCGCUUCCUGCUAAUUUGUUCGUGUAGAAGAACCCUGUGAUCUAAUCUGAGGGGAUAGUGACACUUCACAUUGAUGGGAUAGUCGUACCGUGGUCCCAGUACCAAGAGAUACUCGUGUGAUUUUGAGUGCAGGCCCAUAAAAAGGACUUUAUCCUGUGUAGAGUUCUGUAUAUAGGACCUAGAACAUGAUUGCCAUAUGUAUUGUAUAUACUAGUCUAGGACUGAUAUGAUAAUUGGUAUAUUUAGUAAGCCUAGUACAUUUAGUAUACCAUUAUCACUGACGUUAAUUACCGAGGUGUACCGGUACCACGGCACAUGGCGGACACGGAUGCUGUAUGAUUACAAUAGCUAGGAAUGUAGGAUUUGUCUAAACAUUGCCCCGUUACGUCGGAGAAAGCUGGUGAAACGUAAUAGGUACAAUGUCUUAUAGUCAUUGGAUUUGAUAGCAAGCGUGCAGCUAAACACAGAGCGCGCGUGUGUGUCGGUGGUGGAAUCCUCAGCACGUAGUCCUUAACGGAACCGGCCCGGGAAAGAUUGACACGUGUCAAUGACGGGGAGAUAGGCUGUAGUCACAUGUCAAUACGGAAGUGUUUUUGAUAUUUUUUAUUGUUUAUGCUUUGAAUUGAUACGUAACAAAAGGUAUCAUUCGCAAAACUCUGUUUUAUAUACGGACACAUAAGGAAAGGACGCGUUUUACACUAAAUACCUGUCAUAAGGGAAUGGAUGUUUACGUCAAGAUACAUCAACAAAAAGUGCCGAAGUGUUGUACGGAGGACACCUACCGACAGUGAAGUGUUGUACGGAGGACACCUAUCGACAGUGAAGUGUUGUACGGAGGACACCUACCGACGGUGAAGUGUUGUACGGGGGACACCUACCGACAGUGAAGUGUUGUACGGAGGACACCUACCGACGGUGAAGUGUUGUACGGAGGACACCUACCGACAGUGAAGUGUUGUACGGAGUGUUUUUAUAAGAGUCAUCAUUGGUGGAUUAUGAUGUGUUUUUGUAUAUUUUAGCAAAAACAUCGACACAUGUUCUAGUCUAGAUAUACAUUGAUAGAUCUGUCGGAAAUCAGCUGUUGGAUGUCACUAACGUGUGGUUGACACUAAGCCUGAAUAGUGAGUUGUCCACGGUCCGGAUUUACCAGUGGAUUCUCUGAUAGGGUAAUACGUAAUUACCAUUAAUAAUUCAUUGCUAUUGUUAGGUAAAAUAUUUUACCUAAACGUGGUCACAUAACAAAAGUGCUAAGCUUCAAAAUGAAGAAAUAUUUUUGGCCGUCAGCUUCUUCAGUUGCCAUGGAUAAUGGGCGACAAAGGGCCCACUCUGCGUCCUCGUUGAAGUCACUGAGUUUGUAUGCCCCCGGGCAGAAAUGGUCCAACAGACAGGCGAGGAGUACCCCGGAACUCCGACUCUACAUGCAACAGUCCAUGUUGAGUGGACUCAAUACGACCGUACCCCAGAGUCUGGUCCCACAGGACUUUAACUCCUGUCACAAACCCAGGAAGAAGUGUCGUCACGACCGUAACUCGUGUCGAGGGUUCUGUCACGAAUGCUGUACCCUGAAGCUGUUUCUCGUCAUCCUCCAGUUGUUUCUGGGGGCGACUAUCUCCGGAGUGGCGUUCUAUCUCUACUUCUUCUCUACAAAAUCUUUGAAGAUCCGGGAAACUUCCUUCUGGGCAGGGAUUCCGUUGUUCCUGGCGGGUGUCCUGGGAAUAUACCACUGCGCCAAUGACUACGAGAAUUACAUAGGAAGUACCAAACAUUUCAUACUCAAGGCCGCCUGCUUCCUGCUGUCCCUUGUCUGUAUAUUCAUUUGUCUGGUGGCCAGCACAUUUCCCGUCAUCCACAUCGCUAGGUUGUACACCUUCAACCACUGUGAAAAUCUAGCCAAUGACUGUCUCUGCUACGGGUCACAUGACCAGACGUCACGCUUAUUUACAUACAAGGAGUUGGGCGAUUGUGACUUGCUGUUCUGUGUGAUAAAGAUCCUGUUGAUCGUGGAGAGCUCCGCGUGUAUUCUCGGAAGUAUGAUAUCGUUCUGGUACGUUAUACUUUUAUGGAGGUCCAAAUAUGGCGGGAUUUACUCAGGGAUCCGAUAUUCGUCGACGUCCAACGGGCAUGUGCAAAGAGGCGUGGUAUAAUAUGUAAAUAUGUAUGGAAAAGCCAUUCCUUCCUAAAACAUUGUAAAUUGUUAUUUUAAUUAAUAUAUUUUUCUAUUCAAGAACGUAUACAUAUUACAUUUUGUGCAUGUACAGAUAUUUGAGCAUCAUGUAAAUUAGCAGCAUUGUCUACAUAAUGUCAUUCAUCAAUAGGAAGUUGGUAUACAGCUCCACCGGAAGUGAUUGGUCGAUCAUGAUUAUACAACCCGUUGGAUAUGGACAGAAUAUACUCAUUGCAUACGGUUUUUAUACUCGUUUAUACUGUGCUGUAUGACUUUUAAAACGAUUUGCGAAGGUGUCAAGACCAACUCUCGAUCACGCACAAACAUAUUUCCGAUGAUAACGACAGAGUGUAUUCCGAACAUCAGAACACAUGUGUGUAGUAGUGAACAUGAGAUGCAACAUCCAUGGACUAUAGUAGACUAAAACGGCCGGAUUCAUCAUAUCAUGGGGACCCCUGUGGUGAUGGUUCUGUGAUGGGUAACCUGUGUUUGAUAACUACCAUGUACACGUAUGUCUUCAAUUAUCUAUGAUGUUAAUGGCAAUACUGCUCCAUACUUUCACACACUAAACUGUGUAUACGCUAAUGUUAAAAAUUGUGCAAUAUCUAAUAUUAAAGUCACGUAUGAAAUUA